AUGGGAUUGUGGGAAGCUUUUUUGAAUUGGUUACGCAGCCUUUUCUUCAAGCAGGAAAUGGAGUUAUCUCUUAUAGGACUUCAGAAUGCUGGGAAAACUUCCCUUGUAAAUGUUGUUGCUACCGGUGGAUACAGCGAGGACAUGAUUCCUACAGUGGGAUUCAAUAUGAGAAAAGUAACAAAAGGAAAUGUUACAAUUAAGUUAUGGGAUCUUGGAGGGCAACCUAGGUUCCGUAGCAUGUGGGAACGCUACUGCCGUGCGGUUUCUGCUAUUGUUUACGUUGUUGAUGCUGCUGAUCCAGAUAACCUUAGCAUAUCAAGAAGUGAACUUCAUGAUUUGCUGAGCAAACCAUCAUUGAGUGGUAUACCUCUAUUGGUGUUGGGGAACAAGAUUGACAAGGCAGGGGCUCUGUCUAAACAAGCUUUGACCGACCAAAUGGAUCUGAAAUCAAUUACUGAUAGAGAAGUUUGCUGUUUCAUGAUAUCUUGCAAAAACUCCACCAACAUUGAUUCUGUUAUAGACUGGCUUGUGAAGCAUUCCAAAUCAAAGAGCUGA